GAAUAUUAAUCUCCUCUUCUCUUUUUCUUUAUUUUUACUAUUUACAAUGGAAAGUAUUCGAUUCUUUAAUGCAUGCGUUGUUUGGACAAGAAGUAUCGUGUUGAUACUUUCCAUAAUUAUCGUCAUUUCGUCACUCAGUAUAUACAAUUAUGAUGCCAUUCCUGUGUUCUUACUACUCGAGGAAGAUGCAUCUUCAAUAGUUUUAAAGGGACACGAAAUAAUUUAUGACAUGAUUCAAGACCGCAGAUUAAUUGCAACACUUGUAGCAGCACAAGCAUCCAUCUUUUGUCCUCUAUUCUUACUAAUGAGCGCUUCAUCAACAGCACCAAGUAUAUGCCAAACAACAGCAGAUAUAUGGCGUACCGUAAUUGAACAGUUCUGUCAAUUUUUAAUGCCGCUUGGCUUAGCAUUGAGCUGGAUAUUCUGCAUCACGUUCGACACGAGAACUCAAGCUGCCUUAAUGGAUCAAAACAUGAAAUUUCAACUCGACCAGGAUCAUUAUACUGCACUCGCUACCUAUAUCGGUAAUAGCCUGAAAUAUGUAAUUAUUGUAAUUUUGCUGUUGGAAGUUGUGACAAUUUGGGUAUCUUCAUUUAAAUAUGCCACCAUACUAUUUAUUUCUCAUCACCAACAAGCAAUAAGACUGCAGGAUGACGAUUCGAUGUACACAAGUUUAGAUAACAAUGAAGAAGAACAACAAUUAGAGUAUUAUAGCAGUAAUGAAGAAAAGAUAUUGUUCAUAUAACGAAUUCACUUUUUUUUAAUAAACCAAAC